CGCUCAGUCCGUCGGAGAACAGCUUUGUUAGCAACAUCAUGGCUGCGUCCACACGAGCACAGGCGAUUUCUCUAUACAAAAUGAUGUUGACAGAGAGCAAGAAGUUUCCCUCAUACAACUACAGGACCUAUACACUACGGCGGGUUCGUGAUGCCUUCAGGGCCAACAGGACAGUAGAGGAUCCAAAAACAGUUGAGAGACUGAUUGUGGAGGGACAGCAGACACUGGCACUGAUACAGAGACAGGUCGCCAUCGGGAAGAUGUUCGAGACCCAGAAGAUCGUGGUGGAGGAGUAGGCCUCUGCCGGAGGUGGAGGAGUGGGGGCGGAGGAGUUUAAAGGAAGGAGCACUGUCCCAGCAAACAACAGGAUGUGACAUCAGAGACUGGAGCCAAUCACUGCCCUGACAUCAUCACCGCCAGCAACCAACCUGCUUCCUCUUCGACUCAAACACCGUUUAAUUUGACACAGCUGUCAAAGGUGGAGGUGUGAAAUGCAUUGUGGGAGAUGUAGGACAGAGUGAAGCUUUGAAGUACCUGAAGUUUGUUCCAAGAGUAGACUUAAAAUAUAUAUAUUUUUUUGUAUUUUGCAUCAGAGUGGUGAAGUGAUCGCUGAUCAAUCACGAGCUGUGUGGUUCGUUUCUGUUCAGGUUCCACUGUCUGAGCCGCUUUUCUGACCUGUGAUCCCUUAAAAUGAAGCAACAUCUUCAUCUUUCAGAGUUCACCGUGAAGACGUCCAGAGAACAGACUUUUACUUCUCGGCAGAAGAAGUAAACGCCUCACAUUCAUCUUCAUUAAAAUAUAUAAAAAUAAAUAAAGUUCUGUCUGAAUAAUGAGUGUUGUUACAUUAAACAUCGGCGAAACUCUGACGAAACGAGCCGUCAGACGGUUCAGACGUCGAACAAAGACGUCGUCGAGUCUGUCUCUGGACGUAGAUUUAAGAAGUUUAGCUGCGAACUGAUGCAGGACAGAAUGAGCUCUGACUGCUGGAAGCUGGAAGAGCAGAAUUAUUGAUCCAUCAGCAAGAACUCAUCGAUGCAUCCAUGAUUGUUUUUUUUUUCCAGUUAUGUUUGUAUUCUAACGCACAAGUUAUCCUCCCACAUGUGAUUAUCUGACAUAUUGGACCAUCAA